AUGAAGGAAAUGCCCAACCGAAGCACCGUGACCGAGUUCCUUCUCCUGGGCUUCUCUGAUGUCCGGGAGCUGCAGAUUUUGCACUUUGUGGUGUUCCUGGUGGUUUACUUGGCUGCCCUAAUGGGGAACCUUCUCAUCAUCUCAGCUAUCGUCCUCGAUCAUCUUGUUCACACCCCCAUGUACUUCUUCUUGGUGAACCUGGCCAUCCUAGACCUUGGCUCCAUCUCCGUCACCCUCCCCAAAUCCAUGGCCAACUCCCUCCUGAACACCAGGUUGAUUUCAUAUCGUGGAUGUGCUGCCCAAAUCUUUCUCUUCGUCUUCUUUGCUGAAACCAAUAUCACCUUGCUCACCGUGAUGGCCUACGAUCGGUAUGUCGCCAUCUGCCAACCACUUCACUAUGAGCGAGUGAUGAACAAGGGGGCUUGUGUCAAAAUGGCCACCGGUGUCUGGAUGGCUGGUAUUGUCUACUCUGCCCUGCACACCGGGAACACCUUCCGGUUACCCUUCUGUCGGUCCAAUGUCAUCCACCAGUUUUUCUGUGAAAUUCCCCCGCUCCUCAAGCUGGCCUGCUCCGACUCCUACCGCAGUGAAGUUGGGCUUCUCACUGCUAGUGUGUUUUUAUCUUUUGUCUUCUUUGUUUUUAUCAUCGUGUCGUAUGGGCACAUCUUGAAAGCUGUGCUGAGAAUCCCCUCGGAACAGGGCCGGCACAAGGCCUUCUCCACCUGCCUCCCUCACCUCGCCGUGAUCUCUUUGUUGAUGUGCACGGCUGUCUUUGAGUACCUGAUUCCCACCUCCAGCUCGGCCUCAAAGGUGGAUCUGCUGACGGGAGUCCUCUACGCUGUGGUGCCUCCUGUGAUGAACCCGGUCAUCUACAGCAUGAGGAAUAAGGAGAUCAAAGCUGCGCUGAAGAGAUGCACUGGGUGGAGGUGA